CCUCAGAAGACGGGGAAAUAGAAACCUACAGGUUUUGUGGGCUGGUCUCUGAGAAUCACUUUAAAACUGGGGGGGGGGGGGUCAGCAUCGAACGAGAGUCUAGGUGCUGUUUCCAUUGGCGGAGGAUACUGUCAAUCACUAGCCUCUUCCCCAAUAUAGAGAACGUGGUGGAAGUAGCUGCAGAUUUCCGAGGAGAGGCGUGGGUAAGUAACAGCUUCUAGCAGCGGUAACCAAAACAAUCAAGGGAAAUUGGUGGCUCGAUCAGUUCCUUCCCCAGCUCAGCAAUUGAGCAUAGAGAUGUUUCUGUUUUGGGGAGCUGACUUCUCUUCAUAUGCAAGACCACCCCAAUGUCUAUUUUCCAAGAAUUUAGUAGAUGUUAAGCAUGUUUGGUCGAUAUGUACAGAUAUGCAGUGUUUUCGGCAGGAUAGCGUAAAAGGAAUUAAAGAAUAACACUGGCCCCGUUUUUGCUGUUAGACAACUUUAAGGAUGUUUUCAGAAUAAAAGAUCUAGCUGUAAAAGUAUUGUUAAUAGGAUGCUUGCAAUGUAAAUACUGAAUGCCAUUUUUUAACAAAAACAUUUUCAUUUCAGAAAGGAAAAUCUGGUAAGAGGUAACUUGUUUAUCUGGUUAGCGAUGUAUUAGCGUUAUACAACACUUAUAGGAUGGAUUGAAGCAAGGAGACCCUUUGGACAACCAGCAGCCACUUGUUAAAUUUUUGGAACCAAUUAAAGCUAUAUGGAAACAUUAGGUGCUGCCUUGCAGGGGACUGCAGGGCCAGCAUAGGGGUCCUCAGGCCUUUGCUUUCUGUUGCCAAGACACCAGCUGAGGAGAUGCUGAUGCUGUGCAGAGUGAGCGGCAAGCUCAUUGGGGGCAGCAGGAGCGGGGAGAAGACAGAGAAGAAAUCCUCAUCCACUGGCUGGGAGCUGCUACCUGUGCAGAACAAGCGAGCGGCAAACAAAGAGAGAUGGGUGGUGUGGGGAGCAGGGCUUUGGGCCUGGCUGCGCCAUCCCUGAUUUAGACUUUAAUCCCGUCAUUCUGACGCAAUCCAAACUGAAAUGGAGGCUCCUCUCUUCCGUUUGCAGCCAGCGCUCGAAACUCCCCAUUGUUUUGGCAUGUUUUGCAUCAGGGAAUUUUUUUCAAGCAGCUUCUGAGCUCUGGGUGCAGAACUGCCACUGCUGGAAGGAAAGGAGGACCUUUUUCUGCCUCCCCACUUCCAGCCACUCUCUGAAGACGGGCGAAGGGACCCUCAUAAGAAUAUUAGCAAGGUGGGUAAAGGAAGCAUGGCUUUGCGUUUUUUGCAGUCUUCAGAUGAGGACUAGACCAUGUGAAAAAUGAAAAUAAGAUUUUAGCUGCGGUUCAUUCAUUUUCAGCUUUGUAUCGUUAUAAAAAAACACGCCUAGACAUUCUGUUGCGGGGCCCAUAACAAAGGUUUAAGAUUCCAUUUAUGUAGCUCCUAGCUUUCAUAUCUCAGUUUCUAACACUGUUUGCAGUGUUAUGUCUCCUGAUAAAAAGGCAAGGAAGGUGACUUCUCAUGCUUUCAUAUUUAGGUUAUCUGUUUCUGGGUGAAAAACAAAAACCAGGGUGCAGCUUUUCCCAGCAUGAGGAUGCCUUGAUGGGGAGAGUUGGCCUUCUGGCAUUUCUGUCUGCCACACAGCUGUUACAGACAAUCCUAGACACCACAAAUAAAAGCAAUAUUCUUAUCCUCCUCCUGAGCUUGUGGGUGUCCAGUGCUGCUGUCAAGCACUUUUAUUUCUCCUUGAUUCAUACUCAUGGUUAUUUAUUUGCAUUUAAAAAUCAAAUCUUGGCUUUAUGCUGUUUCUCAGCAUUUAUUCUUUGGGGCAGCUGCAUUUUUGCAGCUGCUGGUAUAUUUGCCUCUGAAAAUGGAGGUGCUGCACGCAUAAACACAUCCCUCAUACACCCCCCCCCAGAAGAAAGAAAGAUGAAUCCUUUCUAGCUCUGCUUUGUCAUGGGGUUACAUGUUCUACAAAGGGAAUGCUGAGAUUUUAGGCACUACUUAUUUAGUAUUAUUAUUACUCAUUUAACAAUGCUUUUUUGGCACUUCAAAAAAAGAAUCCCUCUAAACUGUAUACAUAAAAUUGUAUGAAAUAGUCAUAUAGCAAUAAUGACUUUAUAUAGCAAUAAAGACAAUAUUGCUUUCAAACAGAUGGAGAUAAAAUGGAGAUAAAAGCAACAGAUUUUAAAAACCAAUGUACAUAAUAAAAUUACAUGUCUGAGAAGGCUUUAAAAGAGUACACCUGUCUUUCACAGGGUAUAUGCCUAUUUUCAAACUUUGGACUAUCCCAUAUUGUGCGUUGGGAUUGCUACCAUUCUUGCCGGUCCUUCUAUACCUUUUAGCAGCAACCUGGCAUGUAGGAAUUCUUCUUAAUAUUUUCCUGCCAGACAGAUGACAGAGUUGGGAACCCUUUUCCCAGCACUUUGUCAGUUUGUAGCCUGACAAACUACAAUUUCCAGGAUUCCUGAGGGGACAACACCAUUUUCUGAUUCAUCUCAGGCACCAAAAUGUCUUGAGCCGGCCUUGGUGCUGAGAGUUCUUAAUUAACUCUCUUAAAAAACUACAAUACCCUGACUUAACUGGGAAGAGGGAUUGGUAGUUAAACCACCAGAGUCCACUUUGUCAGAUGUAUAGAAUUACAGUGGUACCUUGGUCAAAGAACAGCUUAGUUUAUGAACAACUUAGAUUAAGAACGCUGCAAACCCGGAAGUAGGUGUUUUGGUUUGUGAACUUUGCCUUGGAAUAAAAAUAUGUUCCGCUUCCUGUUGAGUGUGUUCCAUUUGUAAAUUGAGUCCCCUGCUGCUAUGGGAAAGCAUGCCUUGGUUUAAGGACGGACUUCCAGAGCAGAUUAAGUUCGUAAACCAAGGUACCACUGUAUCCUAAAUAGAUAGUGUCCAGUUAUCACAGUGGCCAUCCAAAUGCAUCUGGAAAACCCUCAAGCACUAGAGCACCCUCUCCCCUCCUGUGGUUUCAGACAACUGCUAUUCAGAAGCAUUGCUGCCAUCAUGGCUAGCAGACAUUGAUAGCCUUAUCCUCCAUGAAUUUGUCCCGUCCUUUUUUAAAUUCACCCAAAUUGGUGGCCAUCACUGCCUCCUGUGGGAUCGAGUUCCAUAGUUUAACACACAAUUGUACACUGCAUUAGCCUAACUGAGUUUCUGGCAUCUCUCUUCAGGUCUCUUAAAGCCAACAUGGUGGGCGUUCCAGGUAAGAGAGCCUAUUUACUUUCUUGGGGAUUGGGUAACUUGUCACCUUCCAGUCUUCUCAAACUCUUCUCAGUCGGGGACAUGGGGUUCUCCUCACCUCUGCCCCCACUUAGCCUAGGUUAAAAUUAGAAGCACACUUCACUAUUGGACUGCGUCCAGAGUAUGGCACUAACAUGUACAUACACAGGCUACUGUUUCUGAGUGUGUAUUUGUGCGCCUUCAUCCGCAUAUAAGUGCUUUUGAUUUCAUGCUUCCCAAAUCUAUCUUGAUGUUUCCUAUCCACACCAGUAAGCCGUACUUGGUUAAAUGUGUGUGUUGUCUCACACCUCAACUAGAAUUUCCCUGUUCCUGAAACUGGAGGUCUCUUGUGGGCAUGAAUAGACAUUUACCUGGGUCCAGCACCUUGUUGUAAUACAAGUUGUCUUGACUUUGUUAAAUUUAGGGCUAAAUCAUUAUGCCGCUGAAUCAUUAGCAUUGCUAAGCAAUUCUUUUUUAAAAAGACACCACACAGAGAAGAAAACGAUAAAAAGUCAUCAGAAAACUGAAAUAAUGUUUCCAGGCAAGCUACCUCGAAAUGCUAAUGAUGUAUUUUAAAAUCUUGUACAACUCUGAGAAAUCAGCAUUAAAAUGGUGAGGAAAUUUUCAUGAGAAUUUGUGUGCGUUUGUUUUUAAAUCAAGCUGAUAUGGAAAUGUGAACGGAACCUGAGAUUGGAAAACAUGAGGAACAGAAAGUAAAUGAAACUGACAAAUAUGCCCAUCAUAGUUGUAGCUCACCUGAUGCUUUUUUGCAUUUUACAGUCAUACCUCCAGUUGCGAACGUGAUCCGUGCGGGAGGCACGUUCGCAACCCGCAGUGUUCAUAGCCUGAAGUGCCGCGUCUGCGCACGCGCAUGAUGCAAUCCAGAGCUUCUGCACAUGCGCGUGAUGUCAUUUUGUGCUUCUGCGCAUGCAUGAGUGCCAAAACCCGGAAGUAACCUGUUCCGGUACUUCUGGGUUCUGCGCGGUCUGCAACCCGAAAACGCGCAACCUGCAGCGUUCGUAAUCCGAGGUAUGACUGUAUAUGUACUUGAGAUCCAUUAUAUCUUAUUAAAACAAGUCUCUCUUUCAGUAAUUGCAGCUUUGGGAGGUGCAGCCGGCUUGGGUAAGUAAUCUGGAUUUCCAGUUGGGCAAAUUUUGGUGAUUAUUUUGCUUGCAGCAGCAUGAAUGAAGCUUGCAAGUCAUUGGAAAUGGUGGAGUUCACAAUGAAAGUCUGGCUUGAUGAGAUCUGUGAAAUGGCUUUGACAGAACAUCUGGCAUAUCAAAACAGAAUAACUGAAGGGAUAGCCAACAGCAUUAAAUUUAACAAACUUUGGAUGCCCUUUCUGCAUUAAGCAAAUAUCUACAUAUCGUAGUAGUCCCACGCUGUGCACCCUAUGGAGCCUUGUGUCUAGAGGGAGGUCAACACAAGGUAGAGGCUGUCGCCUGGGCGAGAUUUCUUCUAUCCUGGUUAAACAUCUGCCUUACAUCAGAUAAAGAUCCUCUCCUCAGCGAUGUUUUGUUAGAUCCCUUUCUUUCCCCAGAGCUACAACAGUUUAACAAGAAGGUACUGCAACUCAGGCUGUCAGUGGAACUUUUGCGAUCGAUGUCCCUACCAUCUGCCAAGGCUAUAUUAAAAACUAGGUUGUGGGAUACUGAACGACAAGAACUAACAGCAGCAGCAGAGAAAACAUGUUUCCCUCUUUAUUUUCAACUUUCAUCUCUGUAUCCCCAAAUGGAAACCAGAGUUGGAGGUCAUACAUUUUCAUUUACUGGGGAAUGAUCAGGAGCUCACCAAGUUAGUGGCUAAAUAUAGCUAUUUGGUUUUUUGCCAUUGAAAUACACUGCAGAUGUCAGAUCUCCCUGGAGACCUAGAGAUGUGAUGACAGUCUGCUCUGCCUCCUUUCUUUUAGCAAAUGUUUUGUGCCACUGGGGAAGUGGUAAUUCUGUAUUGAUUUGUUUUGGAUGUUUGUAUGUGAUGCCAAUAAAAGGUUUGAUGAUGAUGAUGAUUUAUCGUAGUCAGUUCCCCUACUUCUAUCAUGUAACAUAACUUAUUCUGUGUUCUUGCAGCAGUGGCCACGAUUGCUGUACCAGUAGCACUGGGAGCAGCAGGCUUCACUGGAGCUGGAAUUGCAGCUGGCUCUCUGGCUGCAAAAAUGAUGUCGGCAGCAGCCAUCGCCAAUGGUGGAGGAGUAGCAGCUGGGAGCGCUGUUGCUGCGCUUCAGUCAGUCGGUAUGUCUGCUGCUCUCAGGACAAGAACCACAUGAUUGGCAGAGCCAGUCUCCGCACCUUGAGAUCUUCAUCACAAUAACUGUGUGUCUUGAUCAUCUUCUAGGUGCUGCUGGGCUGUCCACUGCUACCACAGCUGCAGUGACAGCUGGUGGAGCACUGCUGGCUGCCAUCUUCCCUUAAGAAGAAGACACACAUACGCAGAGGCCAUAUCUACUUGGAAAAGCAGUACUUGGAAGAUCAUGCUUUGCCGUCAACAGCAUAAAUUACCUUAAGCAAAAUGUGAUUUUCAUCAAUGCUACGUUAUUCCUAUUGGCCAAAAUGUGCAACAACAAAUAAAGCUUUGAGAAUUCAACAAGAGUGUUAGCAAGAAAGCUGAUUGGUGGCAUCGCACAACGCACAUGUAAAAUACUUGCUGUCCCAUGAGGAAAAGAUCCAUGUUUUCCUUAGCAGGCUUUUGACUUCAGUGUUUUGUGCUGCACUGGGGGACACUCCAUUUCCCCUCUUUCCACAAUUAUGAGCUUCUUAGUUGAGAAUCCCAUUCUGA